AGGAGGUGAGGGAAGGAAAGAGACAUGGGGUCUACUUUAUGGAGUUGAGGAGGAGGAUGGCUUUUGUUUUGUCCUUGCUGGCCCCAAGGCAACUCCAUUGCCCCAAAAAUCCUCUCUCUCUCUCUCUCUCUCUCUCUCACAGAGGUUUAUUCCCUUGUAUCUUCCAGUUUACAAUGCAAAUCACAUUUCCUGAGGAGGAAAAGGGGAAAUAAAUAAUAUGCAGGAAAUGAGAGAGGAAGAUUCUAUUCGCCCCUCCUCCUACGCCUCUUCUUACUAAGGGCCGUACGAGCUCUUGUAGAAAGGAAACAGAAAAAAUAGGCCUUUCCUCCAUCCCUUGUAGCUAUCUUGUUCUCUUUCUCUCGGCCACGGUGCUCUUUUUCUUUUUUGUUCUAUGGCAUCAUUUGCUGUGGAAGCUUGAUAUGGUAAGCCAUGGCCUUUUCUGAUUGAAUUCCUUGGGUAGGUGCAAUAGCCUUUUUGUUUCUCCUCUUGUUGCGAUCCUUGGUCUCCUCGGCCUACCAUUCUUCUUUUGUUCAUCGGGUUCUCGCUUACGGAAGAGAUAAGGGAGGGCGAGAGGAGAAGGAUCUGUUUUUGGCUUGAGAUUUUUGGCGAUCGAGUGUUGUUGAGCAUGGAAAGGUGAGAUUUUUGGUGAUCGCAAGUGUCCGUCUGAUGAGUUUCAUUGAAUAGAAGGAAGAAGAAGAAGAAGAAGAAGAAGAAGAAGAGAGGAGAAAGGAUGAGAGCGGAGCUGAGCACGAUCCAGCAGACGCUGACGCCGGAGGCAGCCAGCGUGCUGACCCGCUCCAUCGCCGAGGCGGCGAGGCGGAGCCACGGGCAGACGACGCCGCUCCACGUCGCCGCUACCCUCCUGGCGACGCCGUCUGGCCUCCUCCGUCAGGCCUGUAUCCGAUCCCACCCCCAGUCCUCCCACCCCCUGCAGUGCCGCGCCCUCGAGCUCUGCUUCUCCGUCGCCCUCGACCGCCUCCCUGCGUCUAAUCCCAGCCCCUCCGGCGACAGCGGGGCCCUCGCCGAGCCUCCCAUCUCCAACGCGCUCAUGGCGGCUCUCAAGCGCGCCCAGGCCAACCAGCGCCGCGGCUGCCCCGAGCUGCAGCAGCAACCGCUCCUCGCCGUCAAGGUCGAGCUCGAGCAGCUCCUCAUAUCAAUCCUCGACGACCCCUCCGUCAGCCGCGUCAUGCGCGAGGCCAGCUUCUCCUCCAUCGCCGUUAAGGCCGCCGUCGAGCAAUCCAUCUCCUCCUCUACCUCCACUCACACCGCCGCCGCCGCUGUCAACACCCCAUCCAUUGCCUCUCUUGUCACCGCCACUCCUCCUCCCGCCGCCUCUCGCUUUCUUGGUCUAACCAACCAUGCUGCCCCGCGCCACAACCUCUACAUAAAUCCUCGCCUCCACCAGCACCAGGCCAAUGGCGGCAGCGGCAUCCCAGCCAUUGCUGCCGGAGCAGCCGGCGACCAGCCCCGGACGGAGGAAGUGAAGCGGGUGUUAGAUAUCUUAUUGAGACCCAAAAAGCGAAACCCAAUUCUUGUCGGUGACUGCAAUCUUGAUGCCGUGAUAAAGGAAGUGUUGCAGAGGAUUCAGUCCAGCGACGCCCAGCCGCCACUGCGGAACACCCAUGUGCUUCCCUUCGCAAAGGAGAUCGCCACCGCCGCUCCCGACCAUUCCCAGAUUACCAUCAAGAUCAGGGAACUCAGCAGCUCGAUCGAGUUCAUGAUCGGCGGGGAGAGUGGUGUGAUCCUCGAUCUGGGCGACCUUAAGUGGCUCGUGGAGAGCCCCAGCGUCUCGACGGGCUCCGGCGCAAUUCAGCCGCCGGUGGUCUCAGAGGCCGGUCGCGUAGCGGUGCACGAAGUAGGAAGGCUUCUGAAGAGGUUCGAAGAAGGAUGUCGGGUGUGGCUGGUCGGGACGGCCACUUGUGCGACGUACCUCCGCUGUCAGGUCUACCACCCGACGAUGGAGAACGAUUGGGAUCUACAGGCCGUGCCGAUCGCGCAGAGGUCGUCAUCCCUCUUCCAUAUGUUCCCAAGGCUUGGGGGCAAUGGCGUCCUCACCAGCUCCGUCGACAAACCAGCACCACUGAAGGGCUUAACAGGGAUGGGUGCCACUGCUCUGCCUCUGAGACAUCAACCGAGGACCGACCUCUGUGCCGUCUGCAUGGAGAACUACGAGCGCGAGUUAUCCCGGCUCGUCGCCGAUGAGUUCGACAAGCACUCCACGAAACCAGAGGCGAGCCAGGCUUUACCUCAGUGGCUGCAGCUUGCAAAGCUCGGCAGCGGAGGCGGCGCUAAGUCUCCCUCUUCUCCUCUUCAGGUGUCCAAGGAGGAAGAGCUACUCUGGAAGCAGAGCACCGACGAACUACUGAAGAAAUGGUGCGAGACCUGUUCCCGUCUUCAUCCUCACUUCCAUCAGUCUCACGGUGGCUUCGGAUCGUCUUUGUCUCCACCGGCGUCGAAGCCCUCGAGCGUGGUUAGACCACAUCCACCAUGUGAACCCAAGCAAACUCCAUCUCGGGGUCUCUCUCCUCAUCGGUCGGAGAGCAACCAGGACGCCGUUGCGCCUCCGGGGAGUCCUGUGAAGACUGACCUGGUCCUCGGGAGCUCAAAGUUCUCCGAUUCUUCCUCGGACAGCUCCCACAAAGACCGCCUAAAGGACUUCACUGGUUGCACGCCGGACGCCUUCUCCGGUCAGCAGCAGCGAGCUAAAGUUGCCGGCAUUUCGGAUAUCGAUACGUUCAAGAGGCUGUUUCAUGGGCUCGCGGAGAAGGUCAGCUGGCAGCAGGAAGCAGCGUCGGCGAUUGCUACCGUCGUGAUGCGUUGCAAGUCCGGGAAUGGCAAGCGGCGGAAUGUUGGGAGUAAGAGCGAUGCUUGGCUUCUUCUUCUUGGGCCCGACAGGGUUGGCAAGAGGAAGAUGGCAAAUGCUCUGUCGGAGCUGGUGUUCGGGACCGGACCUACGACUGUUAGCUUCGGUCGCGGCAGUGAUGGGGAGUCCAAUGUUAGCUGCCGCGGGAGGACAUCCAUGGACCGAAUCGUAGAGGCCGUUCAGCGGAAUCCUUUCUCGGUGGUCGUGCUCGAGGACAUCGAUCAAGCGGACAUGCUCCUGCAAGGAAAGGUUAAGCAGGCGAUGGAGAGGGGUCGUCUGCCCGAUUCAUACGGCCGGGAGGUCAGCUUGGGGAGUGUCAUCUUCGUCCUCACUGCAGAUUGGCUGCCGGAAGAGCUCAAGAGCUCAUACUCUUCCCUCCUCCAGUACGAGGAGAAGAUCCUGGAUUCAGCCUAUUGUGGCUGGGAAUUGGAGCUCUCGACGGCGGACAAGCCUGGGAAACGUCGUCCCUCUUGGGCAUGCGACGACGACCAGCCGACGAAACUGAGGAAGGACUCAUCGACCGGCACCGGCCUGUCCCUCGACUUGAAUCUAGCGGUGGGAACAGACGCCGCUGAGGCCGGGGAAGGAUCACGGAACUCGAGCGACCUCACCACGGAGCACGAAUACGACAAGGGCAGGUUGUCCAUCAACUGUUCGACGUUUUCCCUGGCCCUGGACCUGGUGGAGCUGGUGGACGAAGCCGUAACAUUCAAGCCGGUGGACUUGGGUCUGCUAAGGAGGAGCAUCCUGGAGUCCGCAUCGGUGAAAUUUGCCGCCGUGAUGGGCAAAGGGUGGGCAAUUAGGAUCGACGACGACGCCCUCGACCGAAUCGUCGGCGGUCUAUGGCUCGGCGGUGCAUCGAUCGACGACUGGGCCGAGAGGGCAUUGGUCCCUAGCUUGAAGCAAGUGAGGGACAACCUGCGAGCAGACCGCGGGGCUGUAGUUCUCCGGCUAUCCACCGUAAAGGGCAACCGAGCGCAGCAGCAACAGAGAAGGAGCGACGGGGGUUGGCUGCCGACAACGGUGGCCAUCGCGAUCGAUGGUUCUCACGACAAGGAAUUUUUGUGAGGAGAUAUAAUGUAGAUGUAGUUAGCGUGCUUCAUGCCACCGACAAGUGACUGUGACUACCGAUAAGAGGAGAUAGGUGUGUGGAGAAAGCUUUGACACCCAUAUAAUACUUGUAAGAUGUUCUUUAAUAUUCUUUCUCAGAUCUUUCAGAGUUGCUUC